AAUAUGAGAGUAUUAAUAUUGAAUAAUAACCGAAAGAAGGCGUGCACCAAAUCCCGUAUAAAAAUCCCUCAGAUUCUCAACAAUUCCCCUCCGGCCUCCACUCUCUCUCUCUCUCUCUCAUCCCACUUUCCUUUUCCUCUCUCUAUCUCUGAUGGAGAAGCAAAAUCUCCUCUUCAUCUUUUCGAUCUCCUCGUGUUUCUUCCUCUUUCCUCUUCUCUCAGAAAUUCGGGGCGUGCAAGGUUCUGCUUCUCACCACCACCACAGCCACGGCGGCCACCGCGGUCUAUACGGGUUUCGCCCGACGACGCUUUUCGUGUUCGGGGACUCGUAUGCUGACACAGGCAACAACCGAAAAUCAGUGGCUAACUCGUGGAAGGUUCCCUAUGGCAUCACAUUCCCCGGCAAACCCGCCGGUCGUUUCUCCGACGGUCGUGUCCUCACCGAUUAUCUCGCUAAAUAUCUGGGGUUGAAGUCUCCAAUACCAUACAGAUGGAGAAAAUAUGCACCAGAUCGGCUGAGGUAUGGGAUAAACUUUGCGUACGGAGGGACAGGGGUUUUCAAGACCCUGGUUUUGGACCCAAACAUGACUACCCAAAUUGAUUUCUUCCAAAACCUCAUCAACGACUCCGUGUACAACAAAGGGGACCUUCAAUCCUCCUUGGCUCUCCUUAGCAUCGCUGGUAACGACUACGGUGCUUUCCUCAGCAAAGGCGGCACUGCCCAGGAUUUCCCGGCCUUCAUCGCUCGUGUAGUCAACCAAAUUGCCACGAACUUGAAACGAAUUCACGACAUGGGAGUGAGAAAGGUGGCCGUGACGGCUCUGCAGCCCUUGGGAUGCCUCCCCCGGAGCACCGUCCUCAACUCCUUCCAGCAAUGCAACGCGACUGAAAACACCGCCGUGGAUCUCCACAACUUGUUACUGCAGCAAGCAGUGGCAAAACUCAACAAUGAGAGCAAGCUGGACCCGAAGGCAUUUGUCAUCCUUGAUCUUUAUGGCUCGUUCUCUCAAGUGCUCAAAACCAAAGGAGAGUACUUAGGAAGUGUGAAGUUUGAGACGCCGUUGAAGCCAUGUUGUAUGGGUAUGAGUAGCAAAUACAACUGUGGGAGCGUGGAUGAGAAAGGAGCUAAGAUGUACACUGUAUGUAAGAACCCAGAGGGUGCAUUCUUCUGGGACAUGGUGCACCCGACCCAAGCCGGAUGGCGCGCGGUGUACAUGUCUUUGAAAUCCACUCUUGAACAAAUUAAAUGACCGGGCUUGGCAAUAAGUUAUAUUGAGUUUUAGUAGUCUCCUCCUCUUUCUCUCUUUCACCUCUUUCCCUCUUUCAUUUGUUAUUGAUUUUGUAACAAGCUUCUUUUGAAGUUUUUUUUUUUUUUACUUGUACUACGUACGUGCGACGAUGAAGCAUAUGAAAAAUGGUUCCUCGUAAA